GCGGAUCUUGCCUCUUUUUCAUCAUUAUUAAUUUAUUAUUUAUUAUUAAUUAUUAUAUAUAUAUAUAUAUAUAUAUAUAAAGGCUAUAAACUCAGAAGCAGGGCUCCCCCCCAUCCACACAGAGAUUGUGAUUGGGAGAUUUCAAAAGCGGAAAAUGGCAUCGUGGAAGAAAACAAUAACAACGCCAUUCAGGAAGGCGGCAACACUCUUCAACCAGCCGCAGCCGCAGCCGACUUCCCGCCCCGAGGAGGAGAGGAGGAUGGUGAGAGAGCUGCAGGGAGAAGUGAUGGCGUGCGGCUACGAAGACGUACUCGUCAUGUGGUCUAUCCUCGACAAGUCCAAUCCCUCUUCCUCCUGCGAUCUCUCCUCUUCUUGAUCAUACAUACCUUCUCCCCCCUUCAUGUACAUACAUAUCAUAUAGUUACAUUUAGUCGAGGCUUCUUUCUUCUCCCUCUCUUGAGUCGGAAUUCGGACAUAAUCCCCGUGACCAAUCUUUUUUGUCCCGGUGCGAUUUUUUUUUGUUGGGCCUUGGACAAUUGUUUCGUCCUGAAUUCCGUACGUUUCGCUCUCGCUUUAAUUAGGUUCAAGAUUUGUGUUCUGAUGCUUUCUCUCUCCGUACGUACGUGCACAUGUACCUCUCCUCUACAUGCACUCAUCAUUUCGUCACGACGAUGGGUUCCAA